AUCCCCGCUAGCUAAAGUCCGGCUGCUUCAAACGGAACCAAAACCCAUAAAGUGGAGUUUAUUGACUCAGAACUGGGUUAACCGAACCGUGCUCUCUGGUCCGAACUGGGCUAGUGGUGGGAACUGGGUCUGUGUGUCAGCGCAGCCCGGUUCCUGUGUUUCCGGUGGGGAGGCGGGGGGUCCAGCUGCCAACAGCCUAAUCAGCCUCACCAUCUCCGCCGGAAGCCGGGACGCAGACCGAACCGACACCGGCCCCGGACCCGGUGGAUGUCUGGUAGCUGAAAGCCGAAGCAGAGACGGAGAGCAGCGGGCAGGAGCCAUGGCGGCGUCGCUUCUCUCCGAGACCGACAUCAGGCACCGGUCCAUGGCGGAGGAGGAUCCGAACGGGAACGAGCACGGGGCGGCUGCACGCAGCGCGGUGCCUCGCUGGGGGCCGCAGCACGCCGGGGCUCGACAGCUGGCCCGGCUCUACUCUCCAGGUAAACGGCUCCAGGAGUGGGUUUGUGUGAUUCUGUGCCUCUUCCUCUUCAUCAUCAACUUCUCCUUCCUCCUCCUGCACUUCUCCAUUGUUCACGUCUACAGGAUCAUCCUCGGCAUCGUUCUCGGAAUAGUGACGGCAGAUUUUGCCUCAGGGAUCGUCCACUGGGGCGCUGACACCUGGGGAUCCGUGGACAUUCCCGUCAUCGGGAAGGUGAGCGUUCACUCUGAAAACCUGCAAAAACUCAAAAAUCACUGCAUCGUUGUUUCACACAGCAACACCAGAACAUUCACCCAUGAUCCCACACACUUUCUUUACUUGACUUCCAAGUUUCUUUGGUAUUUUUGUGACAUUUUGACACAAAAAUACAAGCAUUUACUGUAAACGUUUAUUAAAAUGUUUCAUAUUUUUAAUAUGGUACCAUCAAACAAAUGUAAUAAAAUGAAACCAUAUAGAGUGUUUACCUGUUGGAUGGGGGUGCACGUCACUCAAAAGAGACACAAACACGAGGAUGCUAGAAAAGCAGCGUGUAGUAAUUUUAAUAACUGCCUUGGUUUUGUCCGGUUACUGUAGCGGUACUUCGAUCAUCUAUGGCUCAGGUGCCCAAUCCUUUCAGGACGACAGUCAAAAUAGUCAAGUUAAUAAUCCUGUUGGGCCACAAAAUGUGAGUCUAUUAAAAGAUGUUUUAUGAGAAAGGUUUUUCAUUUAUGCUCCUUAACACAGAUCUAAAGUGGGCAUGCUAGUGAAACUCUGAAAGCGUCACUCUUCUCACAACUGGAGUCUGGAACUCAUCAGAUCCAGAAAACCUUUCCAGAAGCUUUUGUAAUACUUUGACUUUUUUUUGUUGUACCUUCAUAUUCUAAAUAAUUUUUUAUAUUUUUACAUUUUUAGUUUUUGUGAUGCGCCUCGUGAUUUUUAUCUUGAGAGACGCUAUAGAAAUGAUCGUUUUAUGAAACAAUCAGACCAGCAGCAGCAACUAGCAGGAAUUAAAAUAUCAGCGACUGCAGAGACCAUUCUGUGUCGUAUCUUCGUCACCUUGAACUCCUGUUUCUCCUGAGGCGGCGUUGCCAUGGCAGCGGGGUGGUUGCACCUUUUUCCCCAGAGCCUUUGGACUGCUGUAGUGACCUGGAAAUGAAAUGUCAGUGUAGCACACAGCCAUGUCUCUGUGGACCGUGGUGCCCAUGGAUCUCACUGCUCAACACACACACACACACACACACACACACACACACACACACACACACACACACACACACACACACACACACACACACGGUAGGACUACGUGUUGAAACAAAGCAAGAGUUCGAUGUUUCUGCUUAGCUGUAAAAGUUUAUUUACACCUGCAGUUUUUCAGAUUGAUCCACGUUUCUGAUUAAAUGCACAAACGCUAACAGCUCUCUCAUUAGCAACAUGUUAGCAAAAUAUUAGCAAAGCAUUUGCAACACCUUCAGUUAAGUGGGAUCCUUCUUGGGCCACAAAAACAGACAUAAACUGUGAUUUUCUGCUCAUUUUAAGCUGAUUUUCCACUUUGGGUCUGGAUGAAAUGUGUGUCGUGUCGUAAGAAAGGGGCUUAUGACCUUAUGACCAGCUCCCGAUCAGUUAUUUUGCAGUUACACACACACACAUGCACGCAUGCACGCACACAUACAUGCACACUUACAGACACAAAAACAUACACACGCACGCACGCACACACACACACACACACACACACACACACACGUACACGCACACGCACACACACACACACACACACACACACACACACGCACGUACACACACACACACACACACACACACACACACACACACACACACACACACACACACACACACGCAUACAUGCACACACACACACACAAAAUACACACACACAC